GAGAUGGGAUGCAAUUAAGAGAGUUGGGAGUUUAACUUUACAAACGGACCGCUUGGCGCAGCCUGUGGGUUUCACAUUAUUAAAACGCGUUUUGUUAUACUCCAACCUCCCCGGUACGGCCACCGUAGUUCCCUGGGUAUGACGUCACGAGCAAAACAAGGAGGACGGCAAGCGAUCGUUUAAAAAAAAAGCUAACGGGGUUGAACGAUUAACGAGAAUUGAUGUAUCUGAUCUUAACAAGGCGUCACUCAAAGGAAUUCAUGAACACGAGCGGAAAUAAAUCAACACGCGAGGCUUGACGAUGGUUUCCACACUUAGUUGUUGUGAAAUGUUUCGGUUUGUUGACGUUUUUACGCGGUUACCGUUGGAUAGCAUACGAAUGCUACCGUUAAGCUAACGGGUCACAUUAGCUGGCUGGGGAACAAUCUCGCAUUUAGCGUUACAUUAAGGCACUUUGUAUCAGUUAAAAGCUCUUUUAACGUUCACAAGUGAAUGAAUAUCUGUUUAUUGUUCAUUAAAUUAGCCUGAAAACACCCCCACGUCGAGGAGUUAACGUAAAGCAAUGGCGUUACGUUAAAACGUAAACAACCCGUGGUGGCUAGCUCUCCAGUAUAUUCUAAUACAGUAAACACGGGUGUCUUAUUCUUCCUCACACACGACGCGGGGAAUCAUGUCGGACCUGGAGACCCUGGUGGUCACUUUCCAGACCCAGCUGUCCGACGUCAUGGAGACCGUGGUGAAGACGGCCAUGUACGAGGUCACGCGGCUGGUGGAGGAGGGCUUCCUGGAGGAGAUGCAGCGCCGGAGCCGCGAGCUGGAGGCCCUGAGGAGGCGGCUGCGGCGGGCCGAGAGCACGCUGAGCGGCCGGGGGGUGGAGAGGAGGAGGGCCGACGGGGCCAAGGAGGAGUCAGAGCUGGCCAGUAAUACUGAAGAAGAGGAGGAGGAUGAUGAUGAAGAAGAAGAGAGGUUAGAGCAAGAUGACCUUUUUGGGGCCUGUGGCGUAAAAGAAGAAGAAGAAGAAAAGUGGUCGAUGAGCUGCACACAGGAAGUGAUGUCAGAGUCGACGCGGGCAGAAGACCCGCCCACAUCCCGCUUCAGUCCUGCGCUGAAGUCACUGACGACGGACGAGGACGAGUCGUCGCCGGCGGUGGACGUGAAAGACGAAGACGCUCAUAAGCCGUCUUGUUUUCCUCUGCAUUGGAGCGGUGCUCUCGACGGUGAAGCAGCGCUCAACUCCCACGGCGCCGCCGAGAAGACGGAGGCUCAACCGGAUCGGUCUCAGGAGAACGGCGAGAAUCUAUCGCGGGACGUCAUGAAGCGGGAGCCACCGGCGUCUCCCGCGUACGUCUUCCCCGAAGACCACGAGGACGAGCACCGCACCACGGAGCCGUCUUUAGAGGAGGAGGAGGAGGAGGAGGACAGCUGUUGGGCCGCCAUGACGGGCCUCCUGCAGGAUCACAGACUGGCACCCGAACAGGACCGCGACCCGGUCCCAUCGGAACACGCGCUCUCCGACUGCGUCGCGGCCCACGCCGAUGUUCUGUUUCCCCCAAACAGAGACCGGGUGUCGGCCCCGACGGCGAGACUCCAAAGCGGCGCCGCGGCGUUGGCCGCGUCCGUCAAGCAGGAGGCGGAUAUCGAUUCGGACGGGCGCGCGGACAGCGAGCCCGACGACGGGGGAAAACCGACGGCAAAGUCUCGCGCGGCGCCUUUUUCGUGCUCCGCGAAUCGGCACCGAGCGAGUCCAGAGGCGCUGAAGCAGAACCGCACCUCCCACAAAGCCGCGGUGCAGGAGGUCAUGAAGCGACACGCCAGAGCGGGUUCCAGUCUCCGAUGGCACGCCGCUCUCCAGCACCUCCACCGGCCGGCGAAAAACUCAAACGGCGGCAACGCAGACUCAGACCCCCUCACCAGAACUCCGUCCACCUCUAUAGCUCCUCCCCCUCCGCUCUCGGUCCACCCGGGCGUCAAACUGGCGGCGGCGGCGGCACACGAUCGCGCCGGUGACCCGUGGGUCAGCGUCAAGACGCACCCAUCCGCAAACCCCUCGCCGCAUCCGGACGCUCACGCCGCCGGCGCCGCCGCCCGGCACCACCUGCUGCGCUGCGGCCAGUGCGGGAAGUGCUUCCCCCACCCGAGCAACCUGAAGGCCCACCUGCUGACGCACACGGGCGAGCGGCCGUUCUGCUGCGCGCUGUGCGGCCGCAGCUUCACCAAGCUGAGCAACCUGAAGGCGCACCGGCGCGUUCACACGGGGGAGAGACCCUACUGCUGCGCCGCCUGCGGCAAGCGCUUCACCCAGAAGUGUAACCUGAAGCGCCACCAGAGGAUCCACCUGGACGUGUGAGCACGUGUGUGUGUGAGGACGCGUGUGUGUGAGGACGUGUGUGUGUGAGGACGUGUGUGUGUGAGGACGCGUGUGUGUGAGGACGUGUGUGUGUGAGGACGCGUGUGUGUGUGUGUGAGGACGUGUGUGUGUGAGGACGUGUGUGUGAGGACGUGUGUGUGUGAGGACGCGUGUGUGUGAGGACGUGUGUGUGUGUGUGUGAGGACGUGUGUGUGAGGACGUGUGUGUGAGGACGUGUGUGUGAGGACGUGUGUGUGUGAGGACGUG